UUUUAUGUGUGCUUUUCAUGUCUAUGGCAAUUGUCGCUCUUAUCUCUUUAUUGUUCAAGUGAAACAUUACAUUCUCGCUCCCCUUUCAAUUGCAGCACAAAGGACUUCAACGCCGAAAACAACAGAAUUCUUUCCGAAAUCCUACACAAUGAAUGCUCAUUUUGAUCAUAGGCAAGGGACAACAGUGUCAUGAAUUCACCAAUUAUGGUACCCGUCCUCGGCCCAGCUACAAGCUAUAACUCGUUCACUAUGGAUAAGAUUCAAUCUCCUCUCCUAUCCUCAAGCGAGCUUGACGAAGCGAUCAUAAAGAUUACAGAUGCGCUCAAUUCUCUGGGCGUAAGUAAUGGCAUCAUUGGAAGCGCAGCAAUUAGUCUUUACGCUCGCCAUUAUGGCUUUCCUCACCGUCCGACAUCAAAUAUAUCUAUAGUUAUCCAACCGACUAAUCAAGCAUCAGCAGCAGAGAUCUCUGCGAGGUUUUCAGAGAAGAGAUUCGCAGACAACUUCGUCUGCUGGAUGGUCAACGGAAUCAGAGUACCGAAAGUUAUCAUCACCAGGACUGAGAGAUACGGAGAGAAGAAGAUAGCCGUCAGUUUCAAGUUGCUAGAUCAUUAUAUGUUCCCGGAAAGGAGACUAUACUAUGAUUUUAGCCUAGACCCAUCAGGGAGUCGACGAAUCUUGUGGGCAAUCAACAGAAAGAGAUUUAAGCUGCUGAACGCGCCGUGGUUACUGAGGCAGAAGAUUCUGGCUUGGGGUGAGAGGAUGGACGCUGAGAAAAGGAGAAUAGAUGUCGUGGAUAUCAAGACGAUUUGUGAUAUCAUGGAGAGACAAAAUCAGAGGCUACAAAUUAGAGAUCGUGAAGAAGUGAAGGUAUUGAGGACGUUUGUUAGGAAUGUGCAUGAAGAUCCAACGUCUUUCAGAAUCUCAAUCGAUUGUCCGGAAGUUUUGGGGCCCUUGUGGGAGAUACGAUGGGUUAAGGUGCUGCUAUUCAUAUUUGGUGUUCUUGCUCUGGGCCUAUUUCUUGAUCGUAUAUACUCGACGAAUGACUGGAAACUCGAGGUGGAUCCUUUGAGCUUUGGUGAAUUAUGGCAAGAGUUAUAGGACUAUUAUUGUGGAUAGAUACUUCUCCUCGGACAAUCUACUUGCCAGGGAAGAAUUAGUAUAUGAAAUACAUUAGUA